UCUUCUGAACUGCAGGACCGAAAGCUGACGAAAGUGGAAAGGCAGAGGUUUAAGGAGGAAGCAGAGAUGUUGAAAGGUCUUCAACACCCAAACAUUGUUAGGUUUUAUGACUUUUGGGAAUCGUGUUUGAAAGGAAAGAAGUGUAUUGUACUGGUUACAGAACUGAUGACUUCUGGAACCCUGAAAACGUAUUUGAAGAGAUUUAAAGUGAUGAAACCUAAAGUCCUUCGCAGCUGGUGCCGGCAAAUCCUGAAGGGUCUCCUUUUCUUGCACACUAGAACUCCACCAAUUAUUCACAGAGACUUAAAAUGUGACAAUAUUUUUAUAACUGGACCAACAGGAUCUGUGAAGAUAGGAGACUUAGGUCUGGCAACUCUCAAAAGAGCUUCAUUUGCCAAAAGUGUAAUAGGUACUCCAGAAUUUAUGGCUCCAGAAAUGUAUGAAGAGCACUAUGAUGAAUCGGUGGAUGUAUAUGCGUUUGGAAUGUGUAUGUUGGAAAUGGCUACCUCAGAAUAUCCAUAUUCAGAAUGCCAGAAUGCUGCUCAAAUUUACAGGAAAGUAACCUGUGUAAGUGGACUGUUUUUCAGUAUGGCUACUUUAUUUAAUGUGUGGCAUCUUUAUUGUUGCUAACUCCUUAAGUGUUUUCUAUCAUACAACAAGAAUACAUAACUUUAACUUUCAUUAAGAAAAGCGUUAAUGUCCCUAGUACCAUAUUACUGAAAUGAGCAAUGUUCUGUUUGCAUUUUCAAAGGGGCCAGGCUAUCCGAGAGGCCUUGUUUUCCUUAUAAGCCUGCCGCUUCCCUCAAGUCUUCAGUGAGGCUGGUCUCUGGUCUCUUCACAGGCACACUUGCUGGGAGCCUAGGAGAGGCCUCCAGGGAAUCCCUUCCCAAGGGGGACUCCCUGCAGUGCUUUUAGGGGCAGGCAGCAUCUUUUCUGUUCCAGCAGGCCUCUGGGAAUAUCCUUGAUGUGUUCUUUUGUCUGUCUUGUCUUUACUGUUCUGAUUGUGGCAAUUUAUACGUUCUAGGUGAUAUCACCUUUUGCAAACUUCUAUCCAUGUAUGAAUUAUAUAAGUUUUUAAUGUUGUAAGUUGCCUUGAGUCCUAGUAUUAAGAAUAGGUCCAAUAUAAAUAAAAUAAUUAUUAGAAUAUAUUUUCAUAGUUACUGGUU